UUGAUCCUUGAGCUGACGUCUUCCUAUUUUUCCUGCUACGGAAAGCCCUGGAUGUGCUCAUUAGGUGAGUGCACGAUUGCCCAUUUGCACUAUUCUAAAGAGAAACAGCGGCUGCGGUGGCCCCAGAGAAGAACGAGAGGGUGAGCGAGUGCUGUGCUCCCGGGCCGGCCUGGCCCCCUCUCCUCAUCAUCGCCAGCCCUCUGCCGCCUUUCUCCGCUUCUGCCUGUUCUCCUCUCCCCCCCAAGUGGAGGCCCCCUCCGGGGCGGGCAGGACCAGGAGUGAAUUCCCCUAACUCCUUCACCCUCUCCCUGUACCUGGCCCCCUUGUGAGGAGAAGGCCCGGCCCUGUCCAGCCCGCGUCGUGUGUGAGGACCACCCGGGCCAGCCCACAGUUGUCUUGGGCCUGGUCCAGCUCGGCUGGUGUGUGAGGACUGGAGCCCCGGCCAGGCGCCGCCACCGCCACCGCCACAAUGGCCAGCUCCCAGAAGGCCCUGAUGCUGGAGCUCAAGUCCCUGCAGGAGGAGCCGGUGGAGGGUUCCCGGAUCACCCUGGUGGAUGAGUCCGACCUCUACAACUGGGAGGUUGCCAUCUUCGGACCCCCCAACACCCUCUACGAAGGCGGCUACUUCAAGGCGCAUAUUAAAUUUCCUAUUGACUACCCAUAUUCACCACCUACCUUCAGAUUCUUGACCAAAAUGUGGCACCCCAACAUUUAUGAGAGUGGACAUGUAUGCAUUUCAAUUCUUCAUCCACCCGUAGAUGCCCCACAGAGUGGUCAACUGAACUCCGAAAGGUGGAAUCCUACUCAGAAUGUCAGGACUAUCCUGUUAAGUGUCAUCUCAUUGCUUAAUGAGCCCAACAUCUUCUCCGCAGCCAAUGCGGAUGCUUCAGUUAUGUUCAGGAAAUGGAGGGACAGUAAAGGAAAAGACAAAGAAUAUGCUGAAAUCAUUAGAAAACAGGUUUCAGCCACUAAAGCCGAAGCAGAAAAGGAUGGAGUGAAAGUACCCACGACCCUGGCAGAAUAUUGCAUCAAAACGAAAGUGCCUUCCAAUGACAACAGCUCAGAUUGGCUUUAUGACGACUUGUACGACCUUGACAUUGAGGAUGAAGAGGAGGACGAGGAGGAAGAUGCUGACUGUGAUGACCAUGAUGAUUCUGGGAAUGAGGAGUCGUGACCUGCUCCUUCGAAGCCCCUGUACUGCCCUGC